AUGCGAAAUCAAUCCAAACUAAACGGAUCUCUUCUUCACUGUUGGAAGCUACUAGAAGCAUUGAGUGUGCGCGCACUGCGAUGAGGAAGUGGACGGUUGCUUCCGUUCUCCUUCUACUCUGUCUCCUCUUUCUCUUUGCAGAUCAAGGUCGAAAGUUUCAGGCGAAUGCCGCGGGCGAUUCCGACGGCGUUGUAGAUCCGCCCAAGGUGGAGGACAAGAUCGGCGCUGUUCCUCAUGGCCUUUCUACCGAUUCAGAUGUGGUCAAAAGGGAGGCGGAGUCGAUCUCGAAGAAAUCUCUUCGGAGCAACGCCGAGAAGUUUGAGUUCCAAGCGGAAGUGUCACGGCUCAUGGAUAUUAUCAUCAACUCUCUCUAUAGUAACAAGGAUAUCUUCCUCAGAGAGUUGAUUUCCAAUGCUUCUGACGCUUUGGACAAGAUUAGGUUCCUCUCUCUCACGGACAAGGAGGUUUUGGGAGAAGGUGAUAACACCAAGCUUGAUAUUCAGAUUAAGUUAGACAAGGAAAAGAAAAUUCUCUCGAUCAGAGACCGGGGUAUUGGUAUGACGAAGGAGGAUUUGAUUAAGAAUUUGGGAACAAUUGCUAAAUCUGGAACUUCAGCAUUUGUUGAGAAAAUGCAAACAAGUGGAGAUCUCAAUCUCAUUGGGCAGUUUGGUGUCGGCUUUUACUCUGUGUAUCUCGUGGCUGACUAUGUUGAAGUUAUUAGCAAGCAUAAUGAGGAUAAGCAGUAUGUAUGGGAAUCAAAAGCUGAUGGAGCUUUCGCAAUCUCGGAAGAUACAUGGAACGAACCUCUAGGACGUGGAACCGAGAUUAGACUACACCUCAAAGAAGAGGCUGGGGAGUACUUAGAGGAAUCUAAACUGAAAGAAUUGGUGAAGAGGUACUCUGAAUUUAUUAACUUCCCUAUCUAUAUUUGGGCAAGCAAAGAGGUUGAUGUGGAGGUUCCCGCAGAUGAAGAUGAUUCCGGUGAUGAAGAUGAUUCUGCUGAUGGCAGCUCCAAGGAGGAAACCGAAGACGAAGAUGCUGAUAAAGGUGAAGAUGAAGACAAGCCUAAGACAAAAACAGUGAAGGAAACAACUUACGAAUGGGAACUUCUAAAUGAUGUGAAAGCUAUAUGGCUGAGGAAUCCAAAGGAGGUUACCGAGGAAGAAUACACCAAAUUCUACCACUCUCUUGCCAAGGAUUUCAGUGAUGAGAAACCUCUAUCGUGGAGUCACUUCACUGCCGAAGGUGAUGUAGAGUUCAAGGCAGUCCUGUUUGUACCACCUAAGGCACCUCAGGAUUUAUACGAGAGCUAUUAUAACGCAAACAAAUCCAACCUGAAGUUGUACGUUAGACGAGUCUUCAUUUCAGACGAGUUUGAUGAACUGUUGCCCAAGUACCUAAACUUCUUGAGGGGUCUUGUUGAUUCCGACACAUUGCCACUCAAUGUAUCGCGAGAAAUGCUUCAACAACAUAAUAGUCUAAAGACAAUCAAGAAGAAACUUAUCAGGAAAGCCCUUGAUAUGAUCCGUAGGAUUGCUGAUGAGGAUCCUGACGAGUCCAGUGACAAAGAAAAGAAAGAAGAUGCAUCCUCUGACAACGAUGAGAAGAAAGGUCAAUAUGUCAAGUUCUGGAAUGAAUUUGGUAAAUCCAUUAAACUUGGUAUCAUCGAGGAUGCCACUAACAGAAAUCGGUUGGCAAAAUUGCUCAGAUUUGAGAGCACCAAGUCUGAUGGUAAAUUGACAUCCCUGGAUCAGUACAUUUCUAGAAUGAAAGCUGGCCAGAAGGACAUCUUUUACAUAACUGGAACCAGCAAAGAACAGCUGGAGAAAUCUCCAUUCCUUGAACGGCUUAAGAAGAAAAAUUUUGAGGUUAUUUACUUCACGGAUCCAGUUGAUGAAUACUUAAUGCAAUACCUGAUGGAUUAUGAAGAUAAAAAGUUCCAAAAUGUGUCCAAGGAGGGUUUGAAACUCGGGAAGGAUACGAAAAACAAGGAACUGAAGGAAUCCUUUAAGGAUCUUACCAAGUGGUGGAAAACUGCUCUAUCCAAGGACAAUGUCGAUGAUGUGAAGAUAUCCAACCGAUUGGAUAACACUCCUUGUGUAGUAGUGACAUCAAAAUAUGGUUGGAGUGCAAACAUGGAGCGAAUCAUGCAGUCUCAAACUUUGUCAGAUGCUAGCAAGCAAGCAUACAUGCGUGGGAAGAGGGUGCUUGAGAUCAAUCCUAGGCACCCUAUUAUCAAGGAGCUCCGCGAGAGAGUAGUAAAGAACCCCGAGGAUGAGGGCGUGAAACAAACAGCACAGCUGAUGUACCAGACUGCACUCUUCGAAAGUGGCUUCAAUCUUGAUGAUCCCAAGGAUUUCACUUCCCGUAUUUAUGAUUCGGUGAAGUCUAGUUUGAACAUCAGUCCUGAUGCAACAGUUGAAGAGGAAGAUGACACCGAGGCGGAGGCUGAAAGUGAGGUAAAAGAAACUCCAAACAAGCCUGAAGCUGAAGUUGAUGAUGAUGUUGACGAUGCGAAAGACGAGUUGUAGAUUUCAAUGACAUCCACUAUUUAUUGACGGUGCUGUCGGUUUCCUUUUCUUUUUCAUGGUUUAGCUAAUAGACAGUAAUAGCUUUAUGUACGAGUUUUGUUUUCGUAAGUUUAAGACCUUAGUGUAAUCAUCUUUUACGUUGGAAUUUUGUCCUCCCACCAUACUAGCUUAACACAAUUUUCGGUC